GCGUUUCCGGGACUUUUAUUUUGAAGUGGUCGAGAUUGAGCGUCUGCAGCGAGUGUGUUUGUCAUGACAGGAGAGGAUUUAACGUUCCCGUGAUCAGGUGUUGAAAUGGACCGGUCCGAUCCUUCUCCGCUGAAGCGCUUCGUUCAGGCCAAAAAGAAGAUCGGCGAGGUUUUCGAGCAGCUCCUGGUUUACGUUCAGGAGGGGACGGAGUUUGUAAAAGAAACCUGCAAUAAUGAGUCGCUGGAGAACAUCGCCAACGAGCCCCAGCUGGAUCAGAUCCAGGCUUACAUGAGCAAGCUCUCCGAAAUUAAAGAGGUUUUAGCUCGCAAUUACAUGAAGGUGGCCUUUUUCGGCAGAACAAGCAACGGAAAAAGCACGGUGGUCAACGCCAUGCUGCGGGACCGAGUGCUGCCCAGCGGCAUCGGCCACACCACCAACUGCUUCCUGAGCGUGGAGGGGACCGACGAAGACAAGGCCUUCCUCAAGACCGAAGGCUCCGAGGAGGAGAAGAGCAUCAAGACGGUGAAUCAGUUGGCUCACGCACUACAUAUGGACGAGAGUCUGGACGCCGGGUGUCUGGUCAAAGUGUUCUGGCCCAAAACGAAGUGUGCUCUGCUCAGAGACGACCUGGUUCUGGUGGAUAGUCCUGGCACGGACGUCACCACGCAGCUGGACAGCUGGAUCGAUAAGUUCUGUCUGGACGCGGAUGUGUUUGUGCUGGUGGCCAACUCCGAAUCUACUCUCAUGAACACGGAGAAGCACUUCUUCCACAAGGUCAAUGAACGCCUGUCAAAGCCCAACAUCUUCAUCCUGAACAACCGCUGGGACGCUUCUGCCGCUGAACCCGAGUACAUGGAGGACGUGAGGAAGCAGCACACGGACAGGUGCGUGAACUUCCUGGUGGAGGAGCUGAAGGUGGUGGAUCGCGCUCAAGCCCCGAACCGGAUCUUCUUCGUCUCGGCGAAGGAGGUGCUGAACUCCCGGAUGCAGCGGGCGCAGGGUAUGCCAGAGACGGGAGGAGCUUUAGCUGAAGGCUUUCAGGAGCGACUGAAGGAGUUCCAGAACUUUGAGAGAUCCUUUGAGGAGUGUAUCUCGCAUUCAGCAGUGAAAACAAAGUUUGAGCAUCACACAAUCAGAGCAAAGCAGAUCACAGAAACGGUCAAAGACAUCAUGGAUCACAUCAACAUCGCCGCCGCGGAGAAGAGGGUGGUUUCUCUGGAAAAGAGGGAGUAUCUGAUCGACCGGCUGGAUUUCGUUCGCAAUCAACUCAACCUGCUCAUCCAGGACAUCAAGAAGAAGAUCGAGGCCAUCACAGAAGAGGUCAAAGACAAGGUGUCAGACGCGAUGGCAGAAGAGAUCUGUCGUCUGUCUGUGCUCAUAGACGAGUUUCAUGCAGAUUUCCAUCCGUCACCACACGUGCUCAAAAUCUACAAAUCUGAUCUUCUGACCCACAUCGAGAAGGGCAUGGGCAAGAAUCUGGCCUUCCGCUGUUCUGAUGCAGUGAACGCCUCCGUUCAGUCGUCUCAGCAAGACAUGAUGGAGUGUCUGAAGCCUCUGCUGCCCUCUGCUGCCCAGAGCCAGCUCCACAUGCUCAUUCCCAGCAGGAAGUUUGAGCUCAGCUACGACCUCAACUGUGCCACGCUCUGCUCAGACUUCCAGGAGAACAUCGAGUUCCAGUUCUCUUUGGGCUGGACUGCGCUGGUCCACCGCUUCCUAGGUCCAGUCAACGCCAAACGCGCCUUGAUGCUUGUGGAUCAGACUCUACCGCUGACGGCGCCGACCACCCCUUCGGCCCCAGCGGUGGUUCAGUCUCAGGUUCCUAGAGCUCAAGGUCAGAAUCAGCACUCACAGACACAGGAAGAGCUCAUGAUGUCCGUGGUGAGCAACCUGGCCUCGGUCACCUCCCGCACGUCUAUGAGCGUGAUCAUCGUUGGAGGAGUGGUGUGGAGAACCGUUGGCUGGCGUCUGAUCGCUCUCUCCAUGAGUCUGUACGGCACACUCUACCUGUACGAAAGACUCACCUGGACCACCAAGGCCAAGGAAAGAACCCUGAAGAAACAGUUUGUGGAUUACGCCACCGAGAAACUUCAAAUGAUCAUCAGUUUCACCAGCUCAAACUGCAGCCACCAAGUACAGCAAGAAAUCGCGAGUACAUUCGCUCGACUCUGCCAGCAAGUGGACAUCACCCAGAAGGACCUGGAGAAGGACAUCCAGCGCCUCACCGACAAGAUCCAGAAGCUGGAAACCGUACAGAACCGAUCCAAAGCGCUCAGACAUAAAGCCACGGCUCUGGAAAAGCAGUUGGAGGAUUUCAGCUCCCAGUAUCUUCGUCAUCAACCCUGACUCGGACACUCGGCUCCUUCCAGAGAGUGACGUAACUCCUGAAAUACUGUACACUCUCCCGUUACGCCCUGCUGUUUUGGGAAUUCUCGACUCGCCAGAUGUUGCGAGGAAUGCAAGGGGAAAAAAUGUUACUUGUAAAAUUGGGAUUCUUGAACGAAAGCUGGUUUCAGUGCUAUGUUUUGGUCGAGGUUUUUCUGUACAGAGAUCGUCACUUGAACUUAAUUUAAAAAAACAAAACAAAACACUACUUUGUGAACUGUGAAACUGCCCUGCUAAGUAAAACAAAAAGCUGGAAUUUGAAAAUGGAGUUCGUUUUGCUUGUCAGGUUCAGCCUAAUGAAGGAGUCAAACUUUAUUUACUAAUAGCCAGCCUUUUUCACAGAGCCUUUUUAUUCAGAAACAGUUUCCCGUCAACAGACAGGUAAUUCAAAUUUUGUAGGUUUGCCUUUUGAUCACAAAGCCUAUUUUAUAUGUGUUCCUUGGUAGCUGUUUGAAUCAAUAUAACCCAGUGUUAAAAUUCUUUUCAUGAACUGUUAUUUCUAAACGUAUGUAAAUGUAAUAACCUGAAAAUAAGUUUCUCCUGUGUAAUAAAAAUGAAAAUAUAAUAAAAA